AUGGGAACCGUGGAUUUGGAUACGAAGUUGACGCAGCUGAAGAUUACAGUAGAAAGAACGAAUAACAUACUGGACUCAGGUAAGAGAGUAACUAUUAAACGGCAUCUUGAGACGAUACAAGCUAUUGCGAAGGACGCAAACCAGUGUAAAAACAUUGUCGAAGCGACAAAGAUUGCCGAGAAGGCAGAACUCUCUGAAAUUAGCGAAUGGAGCAAUGAGAUUGAUGCUAAGCUUGAAGCAGCAGACGCGACGGUGGCUGAGCUUGAGGAAUGGCUCGCGAAAAAUGAGCAGGCGCAAAAGCUUGUAGCUCAAGAGGAGCAAUUUAGAUUCGAAAUGGAACUGCAUGAGAAACGUUUAAAAAUGCAAGCAGAACUUGCCAAAAUUUCAAAACCUCGACCGGAAAUACAGGAAUGUGAGAACAUAACUCAAAAAAUGGCCAAACUACCAAAGUUGGUUAUCUCGAAGUUUGAAGGUUCAUUUAUGGAUUGGCCCAGGUUCUGGGGCCAAUUCACCGAAGCUAUCGACAAAAGCUCUAUCGCUCCGAUAAGUAAAUUCACUUAUUUAUGCGAACUUCUCGCUCCGAAAGUUAAACGUUGUGUAGAAGCUCUCCCAUUCACGCCCGAAGGUUAUAACCGCGCAAAGGCUGUUUUGCAGGACAAAUACGGCAAGGAGCCCGAGAUUGUUAAGUGUUAUGUCAAGGAAAUUCUAGAUUUACCACAAAUUCCUAGUUCCAAUUCGCGUAAGAUCUCAGAGUUUAGUGACACGUUAUCACAUUGCGUGCAAGCGCUCGAGACUAUGGGCAAACUUGACCAAAUAAACGGCAAUGUCUCUAUGACCCUGGAAAAGUUAUCGGGAAUUCGGGGGGAUUUGGUCCGAACUGAUCCAGAAUGGGAAACGUGGGACUUUAUUAGGUUAACUGAGGCUAUACGACAAUGGGUAAAACGAAAUCCAGUUACGUCUAGCGAGAGAGAUCGAGACGAUAAUCGAAAGAAGUUCUUUCAUGCUCGAAGCGACGAAUACAAGCCUAAGGGUUGUGUAUACUGUGGGGACCCGGGGCAUAAAGCUAACCAGUGUACUAACGUGACAACAGUAGCUGAGCGAAAAGCGAUUCUGUCCAAGAAAAGGCUGUGCUUCAAUUGCGCGACAAAAACGCACCGCGCCUCAGAAUGCUCUAGCAAAGUGUCCUGCGGCAACUGCAGCAAACGUCACCACACGUCAAUUUGCGACCAGACGAGCGACAAAGAGCAGAACGAGAGAAAGUUGUUGACAGAUGGAGGAAGUGGUGAUGGCAUUUUUCCGGUUGUUGUCGUGAAAGUCAAUGGCGUUACUUGUCGAGCAUUGAUUGAUUCUGGCGCCGGUGGCUCGUACGCGUCUGCGAAGUUAAUCGAAGCCCUAAAGUUGAAGCCAAACGAAACGAGAUUGCAACGAGUCGACAUGUUAAUGAGUACGAAGACCUCACGAAUGGAGAUGUAUGACACCUCGGUGUCCUCGAUCGACGGAAGUUACGUCAUGAACGUGAGAUUGACGAAGGUCGGUAAAGACGAACUAUUAUCGAUCAAUAAUCCAGGAUACGACAAGCUAAUUAAGCGUUAUCAACACUUGAACGCAGUACAGAUAAACGACAGCGACACGAAGAAGGAAUUUCCGAUUCACGUCAUACUUGGAAGCGGGGAGUACUCUCGAAUUAAGACCAGCACCAGGCCCCUCGUAGGAAACGAUUGCGAACCAGUGGCGGAGAAAACAAAGCUCGGGUGGUUUAUCAUGAGCCCUGGGGUCGAGUUCGACAAGAGUACGAUGCUGCUGACCCAGACAUCGCAGGCCGAUUUCGAGGAUCUCUGUAGGUUAGACGUGUUGGGCCUUGCAGAUACAAUGGAGAAUGACCAGGACCUUGUGUUUGGCGACUUUAAAGAACAACUUGUCAGAAAUCCGGGGGGUUGGUACGAGACGAACCUACCUUGGAAGCCCAACCAUCCACCUCUACCAACUAACGAGACUGGAAGCCUGCGGAGACUAAACAACUUGAUAAAGCGACUAAAACGCGACGGAGAUUAUCAACGUUACGACGACAUUAUCACGGAACAACUUGAGCAAGGAGUCAUUGAACCAGCGCCAGCGAAUCCUACAGGCAACGAGUUCUACAUACCACACAAGGGCGUAACGAAGAACACAGCCGAAACAACCAAACUUAGGAUUGUAUACGACGCCUCGGCAAAGGAAUCGAACGACAAGCCUUCGCUGAAUGACUGCUUACACCCUGGCCCUCAACUUCAGAACCUACUCUGGAGCGUUCUUGUCCGGUCGCGAUUCUACCCGGUACUACUCACCAGUGACAUCCAAAAGGCGUUCUUGCAAGUGAGGAUUAAAGAACAUGAACGAGACGCAUUGAGAUUCCAUUGGAAGGCUCCUGAAAACAAUGAAGUUCACAUCUACAGGUUCACAAGAGCGUUGUUUGGGUUGACCUGUUCCCCUUCCUGCUUGGUGGUGUGA